GGCUUUUAGUAUGCCCACAACUAAAAAGAAAGAACCUGUUCCAGGACCUAGCGGAGUCACUCAGUCAAAACCUACAGGCCUGCAGAAUCCCAUGAGUUCAGCAAGCUUGAAUCAAAGGGGAAAGAAGAAAGAAAAGGAAAAGACUAAAGAAAGUGUGAAAAGGAAAUCAGCAUUAGAGGAAAUAAUGGAAAUGGAGGAGCAAAAAAAGAAGAAAACAAGCCGCAAAGACAAUUGGAUAGCAAAAGGAAUCGUUGUUAAAGUUGUGACCAAAAGACUUGGAGAUAAAUACUACAAAAAGAAAGGAACAAUAAAGGAUAUUCACAAUCUAUUUGUUGCUACAAUAAAAAUGUCUGAUAGUGGAGAUGUGAUCAAGGUUGACCAAGAACACUUGGAAACAGUCAUACCAGCCCUAGGGAAGACUGUCUUGAUUGUAAAUGGCAUCCACAGAGGAUCAACAGCCUCGCUUGUGUCCCUGGAUGAAAAGAGCUUCUCAGUUACAGGGGAUCUUAAGGAUGGACCCCACAGAGGGAAAAGAAUAGACAGGAUCCCUUAUGAAGACAUCUGCAAACUGGACACGUGACACCACGUUCAAAGUUCACUCAAGCGCACACGGCCCCUGUCAACACGUAGCAAACUGUAGAUUAUGAACGCACACUUUAGGAGAAAUCACUGAGAAGUGUUCAGUGAAUGUUCCAGUCUUCUAUGAGUGAAAUUUUGAAUAAAAAUCUCAUUUCAGUUGAGUUUUUUUCUUAAGAGAGUCUGGCUAUGCUUUUUCCAUUGUAUGUUAAAGGUCCUGACACAUGUCGUAAGCGCGGAAAUUUGAAUUUUGAUUGGGUAAUCUUUAAAGUUAGCUUCGAUGUCGAUCGUAUGAAAACUUUGAAAGUUAUAUUAACAGUAUUUAGGAAAUUCUUUUUCAUUUGGGGAGGGUUUUCAUGACGUAGUUUGUUUGUUUUGUGAAGAUCGUAGAGAAAUUUUAUGUCCUCGAGAAGAGGAAUACGAAGCGGCUCGUUCCAUUCUAAGGCUCAGAUUUGGGACAAUGACAUCUCCAAUGACAAAAGUUUAUUAUAGGGUGUUUUCACAUGACGUCACGGCAGCCAUAUUGGUGUCUCAAAACAAUCAAAACGGCGGCCAUGUUGAUGUACCAAACCAAUCCUGUUGGAGUUGAACUCUUAUCCUAUGUAAACACUUUCUUUUCUUUUUUUUUCACCGACCACGUGAAGCCUAACGAGAAAAACUUCAUUCUAUUUCGUGUUUAAUGCAAUCACAGCAAGCUAGUUAAAUAAUUUGGUUGGGAAUAAGAAAUGUUUCCCCUAUAGGGAACAACAUUUGUCAACGACGACAUAAUAGAUUGACAAAGAAGAAAACAGGAAAACUAAGCAUGGAUUAUUAAGAACGUUAAGACAGACUGCGAACGGCUAACAUGAAAAUAUAUCCUACAUUGUGCGCCAACUGUGAAGUAACCAUUGUUCAAUGUUCGGUCGUUGUGAAUGGAUAGCAUAUGUAAAGCAGUUGCAUUUUUUUUUCUUUUAAUUCGCUUUUAAGUCUUAAAUGUAUAAUUCGUAUGUAAAUACAGGUUGUUUCGCCUCAAUAAUUAAAAAUAUUUAUGACAA